GGGCGAAGGCGAAGGGAAGAGACAAAGAGAGAGAGAGAGAAAGAGAGAGAAGGACUGGGGCAAAUAGAAAACCUUCGAGGGACAGCACCACAGACGGGCAUAGGACGCAGAGGCGACGAGAUAUAUAGGACGUAGUGAAAGUUAAAUAGCUUUAAAUUCAACAAUGGACAAAUAAACACGAUGGAGUGAUUACGCCGCGAGGUGUUGACUAUCCGCAAGCGACGAGAGGAGCCAGCGUGUUGCGGGACUGUGUCGGGAGAAAGAGAGAUAGCGCGAGAGACAGAUAGCUAGCUGGAGCGAGAUAGAGUGUCGCCGAUCGGCGGCACAGAUCGUGAAAUUGUAACACGUUGCGGAGGACGAGAAGCCUUGAUGCCGAUGCCGGCCGAAUACCACGAGGGCCACGGUAACCACGAGAACGCCAAUUUCGCUCUCGGGUCCACGCAGGACGCCAGCAACAUGACGGCCAACAUGUACCGGGUGGGAGAUUAUGUGUAUUUCGAGACUUCCACCUCAGCACCAUACCAGAUUAGAAGGAUAGAAGAAUUAAAUAAGACCGCAAAUGGAAAUGUGGAAGCAAAAGUCAUGUGCUUCUUCAGGCGGAGGGAUUUGCCUUCUACCUUAGUUAUGCUCGCGGACAAACAUCAAUUGGCGAGCGCGGAGCAGCAGAGGUCGGAAUCCCCUGCGAGCACGCAGAAUCAGAAACUCGAGAACCCUGACACUACUAAGGAAAUGACUAGUAAAGAUGGGAUUGGGCCCAAAGUGAUGAUCAAAGGGGCGGGAAAGGGCUGGCUGAAGGCCCCAUUAUCGGAGGCCCAAGAGCCCCAUGGGAUGGAAGAAAAUGUUCCUGGUGGAGUAACGGAAUUAAGUUCUAAGCAACGUCACCAAAUGAAACACAGAGAAUUGUUUUUAUCGCGACAAGUGGAGACCAUGCCUGCUACGCACAUUCGGGGCAAAUGCUGCGUAACAUUACUGAACGAAACCGAAUCUUUGUUAAGCUAUCUGAACAAGGAGGAUUUUUUUUACUGUUUAGUAUUCGAUCCUGCUCAGCGUACUUUGCUUGCUGACAAAGGUGAAAUUAGGGUAGGAAGUAGAUAUCAGGCGAUAGAUAUACCGGCGGUGUUGUCGGCCGCAGAGAAGGAAGCGGAUUCUCGUAAGUUGCAAGAUCUAGAGACCCUAGUUUGGACUCCGAGACACAAUUUGACGGAUCGUCAAAUUGACCAAUUCCUAGUUAUUAGUAGAUCAGUAGGCACCUUUGCAAGAGCCUUGGACUGUUCGUCUUCGAUCAAGCAACCUUCUUUGCACAUGUCUGCAGCUGCUGCAUCUAGAGAUAUUACUUUGUUUCACGCGAUGGAUACUCUACAUAUGCACGGCUAUGAUUUAUCUAAUGCCUUAGCAUCAUUAGUACCUAGUACUGGUCCGGUGCUAUGUCGGGACGAGAUGGAAGAAUGGAGCGCGUCUGAGGCAAAUUUGUUCGAAGAAGCGCUCGAUAAAUAUGGGAAGGACUUUGUUGAUAUACGAACGGACUUUUUACCAUGGAAAACACUGAAGAAUGUAAUCGAGUAUUAUUACAUGUGGAAAACGACGGAUCGAUAUGUUCAACAGAAAAGAGUGAAGGCCGUAGAAGCGGAGAGUAAGCUGAAACAAGUUUACAUACCAAAUUACAAUAAGACCCCCGCAUCGACUACUGCACCUUCUACGGCCACAAUUGUACCUCUGGGCAAUAGCAACAGCAAUAGUAACGGAAAACCAACCAGCAUUCUGAAUGGUAACAGUAACGGUAGCAUGGUGACCGACAAUUCUGGAAUACUUAUGGUCGGAGUCGGUGGAAAACCAUGCGAAGGCUGUCAAAGCGUGCAGAGUUCGCAAUGGUAUGCAUGGGGACCGUCUCAUAUGCAGUAUCGUCUCUGUCAGUCUUGUUGGACGUACUGGAAGAAAUACGGAGGACUUAAGGUGCCAUCGCGCAUCGACGAUGUCGAUCUUGAGAGAAAACGUGCCGGCGCCGGAUCGGACGAGGAGAGCAAGGGAAUGGGUGGCGCGCAUAGGCCGCAUCGAUGUAACGUUCCCACUUGCGGCAAAGAGUUUAAAUUGAAGGCUCACUUGAGCCGUCAUUACACGAGUGCGCAUGGAGUGGAUCUGCGUGGAGCCGCCGGAAGCGGUGGCGGUGGAAGCGGAUCACCGCGACCAGUUAUGAAGACACGAUCCGCUUUCUACCUGCGCACCUCCCUACUGGCUCGCGCCGCACGCCGACUCUGCCCCGCGCAACUGCGAACGCGUCAUGCCGCGCGAGCGCCGCAUCAACCGGUCAACACAACGUCGUUGCGGCACUUAUGCGUUCAGCUAGCUUCCAAGAGUCCCGCGGAACUUCGUAUCCUGGCGCGCGCCGUACGACCGCGACCGCGUCCACGUGUGACCGACAUCGCUUCGCGUUUAGGCGAUCAUCCUGCACCGCGACAGCCCGGCGACUGGGAUUGGCUGGCGCUAACCACCCCGUCACAACGCAAACAACCCGACCGGGUUUCGUUUCCACGUCCGCCAAAGGCACCUGACGGCAGUCUUUUAUACGAGAGAGUGCCGAAUAAACCUGAAGUGGAUAGGGUCACGUUGACACCACCUCAACCGCAACCGGUCAUGUCGACCCAGCAGAAUAUCUUGAAGCGUCCAAGAGCCUUUGACGAAAUCAAUGGCUCUGAUGGUAUCGCUCUAAAUGCGGGGCUUCCUCCCGGUGCGCCUCCUCCGAAAAGGAUUCAUCACGCGCAGCAACUGCAUCCGAAGCACACGCUAGAACAUGCUGCGCCCGCUGUUCUUCCUCUCGCACCACCUCUCAACGGUAGAGCUACUCAUCCACAUACGCUGCCCCAUGGUGUACCAAUGUCCAGAAGUAAUGCACGUAAACAAGUGAUAUCAUGGAUGGAUGCACCUGAUGAUGUAUACUUUCGCGCCAACGAGCACAUCAAACGAGUUAGAAGAACUCUGGCUUCGGUGGAAUUGCGAAGAGCAGCGCGUAAGCCGUGGUGCAAAUUGUCGAUCCCUCUGCAUCCUCCUCAUUUUCAAAGAACGGUGCGCGGUGAAGAUACGGUCGUCAUCUUGGACUGAAUCCGUAAUACAAUCGGAUAAUAUUGUAUAUGUUGAUUCGCUGCACACGAAACACGACGCUGUUUUCGAUCUUGAGCGAGUGAAACUACAUAAAAUGAAAUUACAUUUUUCGUGUAUUGUCAUCGGCAGCUCCGACCGAGCGCAGGGAUUUCUAGUUAAAAACAGAAAGGAAAUAAAUAAAUCCCGAAAGCUCUCCCACGAUUUUUUCUUUCUUGGAGCUUGGAGUAAGUCGCCGUAAAUCGAGAAAAAGGCCUCGUUUGACCGAACACGCAUGCUAACAAUCGAGAACAUCGUUGAACUGUAACGACUUCAUUACUUAUGAAGUACUACUGGAGAAUUAGAUCUUUUGUUUCCUCACUACAGUCAUAUUGAAUAAUAACGUGAAAAGCGGGAAAUAUAUGUUCUUUUUGCAUAUAUAUAUAUAUAUAUGAUAGUCUGAAAUAAAUUAUAAAUUCUUUUAUAUGUCUUCAUUUUAAAGAUAUACAUGUUUACAUCGAUUAAACGUAUCGAAAACUUUUUUAUCAUCUUGCACUAAUAAAUGCAUAUUUAUCUCAUUUGCAUAUGCUCUACAUAAUCGACUAAUAUAAAUUUUAUGAGUCAAAUUUAGAGCUUCUCUAGAGCAAAUUUUAUUUAUAUCAUUGAAUAUGAAUAAUGACAUAAAGAGAAGCUAUUUUAUUCAAACAUAUAGUUUACAUGAAAAAAGUUGAUAUAAAUUUUUCGUUCUUAACGUCAAAAUAUAAUGUCAGUGAGGCAGCAAGAGACUUUAAUAUUCAGCGAACUAAGUCAUUCAACGUCAAAUGAUUUUCUAUUCGUAUUAAUUAUUGUUGUUAUUAAUAAUUAUUAAGAAUUGAAUGUGUAUAUAUACAUAUACAUCGUACCAGCAUAGCCAAGCAACACGAAACAUAUACACAUACACGUACACAUUCAUACACAUAAUACACGUAUACCAGAUACCGAAAAUUGGUAUAAUGGUAAAAAGAUUGAUCCAUACCUGCGGAUAAGCUCAUGAAUGGCUGCGUUCAGAAGCACAACGGUUGUGUGACAAUUAUCGGUGUGACACUGAGGACGAAUAUACUUCUAAUCCUACAUCAAUCAGAUCAUGUUUUUUAAAAGUCGAUCACCCAACCGUUGCAUUUUCUAGCAGCUAAUGUUACGGCCAUGCAGGCAACAGAGACAGACGAAUGUAUGAGUGGGUGUGAAUGUGUGAGAGAAAGAGUAAGUGAGAAAGAGAGGGAGAAUAAGAAAGUGAAUGAGAGAGCAUGAAUUAGUACGUACGGGAGACAGCAAGAAAGAAUGCUCAUUGUGAAUAUUUUUAUUAAAUUUUCAAGUUUGAUGACUCUCUUCCGUCGCAACAAUUAAUAAAUAAACAUAAGCAUAAGUGAAA